UGAAAAAAAUAGAGAGCAGGUUGGAUCAAGAAAAACGAGAAAGCGAAUCGAAGCAGAGAGUUCAAUUUGCAGAUUUCUAUGGCUUCGCGAGGAGUCAUCGGGUUCGUCGGCUUGGACGACCUGAGCCUGGAAUUGGCCGCUUCGUUGCUCCGCUCCGGCUACGCCGUCCAGGCAUUCGAGAAAUAUGAGCCUUUGGUAAGUGAAUUUUUGAAGCUUGGGGGAAUUAGAUGUGCUAGUCCUACGGAGGCAGGGAGAGGUGUUUCAGCUUUGAUUGUGUUAAUAUCUCAUGCAGAUAAAACGAAUGAUGUAAUUUUUGGUAACGAGGGUGCUUUGAAAGGGCUGCACAAGGAUGUCGUCAUCAUUCUCCACUCAACCUUAUUACCAUCAUAUAUCGAGAACCUGGAAAAGCGUCUUAGAGAUGAUAAUGAGACAACUUAUCUAGUAGAUGUAAAUGUCUCUAGGGGAAUGUCUGAGCUGUUAGAUGGAAAAGUCAUGAUUGCUGCAUCAGGAAGGUCAGACGCCAUUGCAAGGGCUCGGCCUUUUCUCUCUGCAAUGUGUGAAAAGCUUUACAUUUUUGAUGGUGGAGCUGGCUCUGUAAGUAAAAUUAAAAUGGUUAAUGAGCUGCUUGAGGGAAUUCAUCACAUUGCUUCAGUGGAGGCUAUUUCUCUUGGUGUGAAAGCUGGUAUUCAUCCCUGGAUAAUCUAUGACAUCAUUUCUAAUGCCGCUGGAAAUUCAUGGGCCUUCAAGAAUCAUGUUCCACCAUUGUUGCGGGAUCAUACCAAACAUCAUUUUCUGAAUACUUUUAUUCAAAAAUUGGGUGUUAUUUUGGAUGUGGCUAAAUCGCUUACGUUUCCUCUUCCACUUUUGGCAGUUGCUCAUCAACAAUUUAUCCUUGGGUCUACUCAUGUUUGUGGAGAUGAUGACAUUGCCACCCUAGUCAAGGUUUGGGAAAAAGUCUUUGGAGUGAGUAUUACGGGUGCAGCAAAUGAAGAAAUUUACAGUCCUGAGCAACUGGCAAAGCAAAUUACUGCCAUGUCUAGGACUGUGAACCGGAUUGGUUUCAUUGGUCUUGGAGCGAUGGGAUUUGGCAUGGCAACUCACCUGCUGAGCUCAAACUUUUGUGUCCUUGGUUAUGAUGUUUAUAAACCAACGUUAACUCGAUUUGCAGAAGCGGGUGGCUUGAUUGGCAACGCUCCAGCAGAAGUAUGUAAAGAUGUUGAUGUGCUUAUAGUCAUGGUCACGAAUGAAGCUCAAGCCGAGAGUGUUUUAUAUGGAGAAUUUGGCGCAGUUUCAGCCCUUCCAUCUGGAGCAUCAAUUAUCCUUUCAUCCACCGUUUCUCCUGCAUUUGUGAGCAAACUAGAACAACGCUUAAUAAAUGAAGGCAAGAAUUUGAAAUUAGUGGAUGCUCCUGUUUCUGGUGGGGUUAAGAGGGCCUCCGCAGGAACACUUACGAUAAUUGCUUCUGGUACAGAUGAAGCUCUUAAGAGUACUGGUUUAGUUCUUAGAGCAUUGAGUGAAAAGCUCUAUGUUAUCAAAGGAGUUUGUGGGGCUGGAAGUUGUGUAAAGAUGGUUAAUCAAUUGCUUGCUGGAGUUCAUAUAGCCUCAGCAGCCGAGGCAAUGGCAUUUGGAGCUCGAUUGGGUAUCAAUACAAGAAUGUUGUUUGAUUUCAUCACAAAUAGUCGGGGGACAUCCUGGAUGUUUGAAAAUCGUGUUCCGCACAUGCUGGAUGGUGAUUAUACACCAUACUCUGCACUUGACAUCUUUGUGAAGGACCUGGGCAUUGUUUCUCGUGAAUGCUCCUUCCGUAAAGUUCCACUUCAUAUUGCCACUGUUGCACACCAAUUGUUCCUAUCAGGUUCUGCUGCAGGUUGGGGCCGGCAAGAUGAUGCUGGUGUAGUUAAGGUUUAUGAGACACUCACAGGUGUUAUUGUUGAAGGAAAACUUCCUGUUCUUAAGAAAGAAGUUGUCUUGCAAUCCCUUCCAUCUGAAUGGCCGCUAGAUCCCAUCGAUGACAUACAAAGACUGAAUCAGAACAAUUCGAAGACUUUGGUUGUUCUGGAUGAUGAUCCAACUGGAACACAAACUGUUCAUGAUAUUGAGGUCUUAACAGAAUGGACUGUUGAGUCACUUAUUGCCCAGUUCAGAAAAAAUCCUAGAUGCUUUUUCAUUUUGACUAACUCCAGGUCACUGAGUUCUGAAAAGGCCAGUGCAUUGAUAAAAGAUAUCUGCAGAAACCUACAUACUGCAGCUAAAUCAGUUGAGAACACUGGUUACACAGUGGUUUUGAGAGGUGAUUCAACUUUACGUGGUCAUUUUCCAGAGGAAGCUGAUGCUGCUGUUUCAGUACUAGGUGAGAUGGAUGCAUGGAUCAUCUGCCCCUUUUUUCUUCAAGGAGGGCGUUAUACUCUCGAAGAUGUACACUAUGUUGCAGAUUCUGAUAAGCUUGUCCCUGCAGGGGACACUGAGUUUGCUAAAGAUGCUGCUUUCGGCUACAAAUCUUCAAACCUCCGUGAGUGGGUGGAGGAGAAAACAGUCGGCCGCAUACCAGCCAGCAGUGUAACAUCUAUUUCUAUACAAGUUUUAAGGAAAGGUGGACCAGAGGCUGUUUUUGAGUGUCUUUCCAGUCUGCCUAAGGGGUCAACAUGCAUAGUUAAUGCAGCUAGCGAAAGAGACAUGGCUGUAUUCGCAGCUGGAAUGAUCAAGGCAGAACUAAAGGGAAAGCGUUUCCUAUGCCGUACUGCUGCUAGUUUUGUUUCUACUCGCAUUGGAAUUAUCCCACAAGCCCCAAUUUUGCCAAAGGAUCUAGGAAUAAACAAAGAAAGGAAUGGUGGUCUCAUAGUUGUGGGGUCAUAUGUUCCUAAAACAACUAAACAGGUUGAAGAACUAAAAUUACAAUGUGGCCAGAGCUUAAGAACCAUCGAGGUGUCUGUUGAUAAGCUUGCGAUGAGCUCUUUAGAAGAGAGGAAAGAGGAAAUCAGUAGAGCAGCUGAGAUUGCAGAUUGUUUUCUUGGGGCUCAGAAGGACACUCUCAUACUGACCAGUCGUGUGCUCAUCACCGGAAAAACUCCUUCCGAGAGUUUGGAGAUCAACUUCAAAGUGAGCUCUGCGCUGGUGGAAAUUGUUAGCCGGAUCACUACAAAACCUCGUUAUAUUCUUGCAAAGGGUGGAAUCACCUCAUCAGAUCUUGCUACAAAAGCCCUUGAAGCAAAAUGCGCUAAGAUAGUUGGACAAGCAUUGGCUGGUGUUCCAUUGUGGAUGCUGGGUCCUGAAAGUAGACAUCCAGGAGUUCCGUACAUUGUUUUCCCUGGUAAUGUUGGUGACAGUAAAGCGCUGGCAGAACUCGUGAAAUCCUGGGCUCGUCCAGUGAGACCUUCAUCAACGAAAGAGCUUCUUUUCAAUGCAGAAAAGGGUGGAUAUGCUGUUGGAGCUUUCAAUGUUUAUAAUUUGGAAGGAGUUGAGGCAGUUGUUGCUGCAGCUGAAGAAGAACAAAGUCCUGCCAUAUUACAGAUCCAUCCUGGUGCCUUAAAGCAAGGAGGAAUUCCUUUGGUUGCCUGUUGUGUCUCUGCUGCUGAACAAGCCAGUGUUCCCAUUUCUGUUCACUUUGAUCAUGGAACUUCAAAGCAAGAUCUGGUGGAAGCUCUUGAGUUGGGAUUUGAUUCAGUUAUGGUAGAUGGUUCACAUCUUUCAUUCAAGGACAAUGUAUUAUACACAAAGUUCAUUUCAUUAUUGGCUCGCUCAAAAGGUAUGCUGGUGGAAGCUGAACUAGGGAGGUUGUCAGGAACAGAGGAUGACCUGACUGUUGAAGAUUAUGAAGCAAGACUUACUGAUAUUAAUCAGGCUCAAGAAUUCAUUGUUGAGACUGGCAUAGAUGCUUUGGCAGUGUGUAUUGGAAAUGUGCAUGGAAAAUACCCUGCAAGUGGCCCAAAUCUCAGACUUGAUUUGCUUAAGGAUUUGCAUGCUUUGAGUUUCAAGAAAGGAGUUUUUAUUGUGCUUCAUGGAGCUUCUGGCUUGUCCAAGGAACUUAUCAAGGAUUGUAUUGACCGGGGUGUCAGAAAGUUCAAUGUAAAUACUGAAGUGAGGAAGGCUUACAUGGACUCAUUGAACAACCCUAGUAAAGAUCUAGUCCAUGUUAUGGCAUCUGCCAAGGAAGCCAUGAAAGCUGUGGUUGCAGAGAAGAUGCAUCUAUUUGGUUCAGCAGGAAAAGCAUGAUGAUUUAUACAAAUAUUAGAUAAUAAAUUGGUGUUAUGAUAUGUUGAGAAAUAAAAACAGAACCCUCAACUAUGUGGGAUUGAUGUUCCAUCAUUUUUCUUUUUUCUUUUCAUAAGAUUAUGGAAACAUCAUUGUUCUGUUUAUGCAUUUGAAUGAAAGAUCCAUUUAAAAAGAAA